UAUAAUAAUUACUAUAAAUAACCUCCCUUCAUAACGUUUCUUUCUAGUUUCAUAUAACUAGCAUUAGUUUCUUCAGAGAGAGAGAGAUUUCUCUUUUUGUUUUUGUAGGUACUUUGAGGAGAAAGAAGAAAAAACUCUGUUCCGUUUUUCGGGAGCUUCACUUUGCUGAAGAGCGUGCAUGCAAUUUAGGCAAGGUUUUGAAGUGGGAGUGUAAAAGAUUGCUUAGGAGGUGCGAAUGGAGGUAUAUGGAAAAUCUGCGGUUGCAGUUCAUGCGAAUGUUAUUUAUCUGUCGAGUAUUUUGGGCCGAGAUAGUUCAUUUCCCGGUCACAAAUGCGACUGGAAAUGCAAAAAUGAACAUGUUUGCGGAAACAUGUAUCGCUGCAAUCUAACAGGGCUGACUCAUAUCUGUGAUAAGAAUUGUAACCAGAGAAUUCUGUAUGACAACCACAGUUCUCGUUGCCGAGCUAGUGGUCAGAUUUUCCCGCUUACACCGACAGAGGAACAAGCGGUGCGAGGUGUUCGAAGGAAGCUUGAUGGAGAGACUACGCCAACGCCAAGUGAUGGAUGUAGUUUUAAGCGGAGACGGGAUGCGCAGUUUAAUUCUCCUUUUGAGAAGUCUUUUUCUGCUGUUAGUCCUAUCUGCAGCCAAAUUGGAGAUGGCAUGGAUAUGAGCUAGAUAUAUAUUUAUCAUCUAACCGAAAGACUUUUCGCUAGUCAUGUCUUUUUUCCUUUUUUCUAUCGGAUGAGUAUGAAUAACAGAACUUACUGGUGGACACUAUGUAUGUUCGUCUUUCUAUUGUUGGAACUCCUUAUUUCCUAAUAUGAAUGUAAUGCGGUGGUUAAUGUAGCUUAAGUCUAUUUAGUAUUGACAUGUAUGUGAGAUCUGAAUUAAUUUCAGAUUCUUACUAACCUUAGUGAGAAGAAUACUUUAGCUGGUUAUUAUUUCCUUAGCCCUUUAUGGUGUUUGAGUUUGAUUUAGGACCUGAUAAUUGUAAUAUGUAUCAACGAAGGACUUAGUUGUAGACUUUAUCUAUUUGUCUGUUAAGUGUAUCUAAUGCUAUUCUUACUACUGAAAUCGAGUUGUAUCAUUGUA